ACUGAAGUGGAGUCGAAGGUGAAGGCAAUGUUCGAUGAAUUGGAGCCCUACCUCAGAUGGGACCAAGCGAAGGGGAGUGUCUUAAAUGCAUGUUCAGGACUUAAUCACAAAAAUAACACUACAGAGGGACAUAUGAAGAAAAUAUGCAGAGUGCCCGUGAUGAUUGUCAACUGGAUGGCAGGAUUAGAUCCGCAGGGGAAUACUAAAAGUGGUGGGACUUCGAGUGAUGAAUGGGAACAGUAUUUAAGAUGUAUAGUGGGGCAUAGUAUUAUAUUGAGGAUCGUGCAAAACAAAUGCAGAGCACAACAAUUGCUGAAAAUUAUCUCAGAUAAUAUGAAGGAAGGUGGAAGUGCACAUACAGCAUCGGGGGGGCAAAAUGUAGGUCCCAUAUGCGAUUGGGUUACGCUUGAUGAUAUGGAUGAAAUGGAACAACUUAUUGGUCCCCAAAUACAACAAUUCUUUGAUAAAGCAAAGGAAGGUAGAGGCCGCGAGGGCGGUAUUGAUGGGUUUAAUAAUAUAAUAUGGUGGUUUAAGUGCGAAGGGAAUGAGAAACAACAGGAAGAGCAGGAACAGAAAGGAAACCCUCUUAACAGUAAUAGAAUUAUGGAUUUAUUAGGGGAUGGGAUGUCUGUAAAAUUACGUACAGUAAUCGAUCCAAUAGAAAAAGCUAAAGAAUGUAUCGAGAGGAAUAAGGAAGACGAAAAAUUAUGCAGCCGUUUAGAUUGCAUGAAACAACUAUGGAACAGUAAAGGGGGACAGACGUCUGAUGCGGAGUCCCUUUGGAAGGAAGUCCGAACUCAAGUCACCAACCUUGUCACAGACGUAUAUGCCAAUGGGGUCACCGACGCCGAUGCAGACAAUUUGUGCAAGGACGUUAAAUGCCCCAAUGUUGGUGAACAGGAUUGCGUAAGUAAAGAAACAUGCAGAAUUAUGGUUAAAGCAUUAAAGGAGGUACAUAAAAAUGGGAAAGGAGGCCAAGGUAAUUAUCAAAUAUUUCAUCCUACCAUGCGUUGUGUAGCACUCAAUGCAUUCGCACAGAAAUUAAAAGAACAUGCUCAGGGGAAAGGUUAUGCUUGUGCUGUAGAGAGAGGAAUAGAAGAGGCGUUUAAGGUUGGGGACGAACAGCGCGGUAGGUGGUGUGGGGACAGAAGUAAGGGGGAUGGUUCCUGUCAGCCAUGCGGAAAGCAACAUCAGGUGUGUACGGGUUCUAUGAAUAUAGGGAACACCUCCCUGGUGAAGGAAGUAAGGAAGGAGUUAGACACCACCAACAAGGACAACAUACAAAAAACCUUAUCCUCAAUAAAAGAAAAGGUCACUUUAUGUGAUCGUAUGAAUUGUAUAAUAAAACAAUGGAUUGACAACAAUACAGCAGCAGCAACGACACCAGGAGCAGCAGCACCAGGAGUGUCUACGACAACGACGGAGCAAUUCUGGGGUAAGGAUGGUGAUGUUAAGAAAUUGUGGGAUGAAUUAGCACAGAAAAUGAAGGCAACUAAUGGAACAGGGAAUGGAGAUUGUGAUAAAGUGCAGUUUGCAACUGACGCUGACAAGGCGGCAUGCAAUUAUUUGCAUGCCGGCUUCACCAAACUAAAGGACAUUAGUGAGUCCAUAAAUUCUAAGAGCACUGAGUACCGAACCCUGAGUAAAGACCCAUCGUUUGUCCAAACGAUGGGUUGUUUCUUACUUCAUUCCUAUGCAAAAUAUAUGCAAAAAAAUGCAACUUGUCUUAUUGAUGCUGGGAUAAAAGAGGCAUUCAAGGCAUGGGAACCAAAAAAAAAUAGUACUUGCAAUGGUAGCACGGAACCUUGUGUCCCUUGCCAAUGGAAAGAGAAAGACCAUGAAAGUUGCACAAUUAAAACAAAUGGAAGCACUGACCCAAAUUACAAGGUUGAGGACAAAUUGGAAAAAAUUGUUAAGGACGACAACGGCUCCAACAUUAGUACAAUGCUAUCUAACAUAAAUAAAAGGGAUAAUUUAUGUGAACAUAUGAAAUGUAUUGCAACCCACUUAAAUUCUUCUACCGGACAAGGACAAACGAAUAAUGCGCAGAACUUCUGGACAAAGGAUGGCGAAGUAGAACAACUAUGGAACCAACUGUCCGGAGCAAUGACGCAGACAAGUGGCGCAACCAUAAGCGGACAAUGUGAUCAAAUGGAUGGUGGCAGUAGACCUGCCACUGAACCUGAAAAGAAGGCAUGUCAAUAUCUUACAUUAGGUUUCAACAAACUAAAAACUAUUUCGGUGCCUUCGGCCAAGAAUGGAAAGAACAUCUUGGAUAAGGACGCAUCGUUGAAGAAAGCGAUGGGUUGUUUCCUCCUUAAGGAAUAUGCAAAAAAAAUGCAAGGUAAAUCCAAAUGUGUUAUCGAUUCUGGUUUAAAAAAAGCUUUUGGCACUGCUGGCAAAGAUUUAAAUGGACAAUGCACGAACGGCAGUUCGUGCAUUGAAUGUAAAUGGGAGAAUAGCGACUAUGACCAAUGCCAAAUUAACACAACUGACAUAACUGAUGGCAAAACCACCCCAACGAAAGUAACGGACAAAUUAAAAACAGUAAAGUCUAAAAUGGAGAACGAAGUAUCUACCACCAUGAACGACAUAAACACAACCGAGUCUUUAUGUGCCAAACUCAAGUGUGCCGCACCCAAAUGGUUCCAAAGGAACAAGGAAACGACGCAGAAUGGUACUACUAACAAGACUUGG